AUGUCGUCCGCAAAGCCAAAUGGGCAGUCAAUAGGGACUAUCAGCUUUAGCACUAAAAAUGAUGAAGAUAUUUCUGGGCUGGAUGAAGCCAUGGAAACGUUCCGUAUUUCGGCAUCCAAUAAUGUGACACAGACUGCCAAAUCCUCAGCUGGCCCUACGAUUGAAACGGAACCCUUGAAUAACCAACCGUUGGGCGAGGGUGAUGGGUCCGUAUCCGAUUUCGAAGUAGCGGUCGAGGCCACUGCAGUCCCAGAGGAUUCGGCAGCAGAUAAUGCUUCGUCCAUUUUGAUGGCGGAUGACGUGGCAGAUCUAACAGCGGUGGAACAUCGGGCUACCGACUCUGAUACAUGUUUUCCGGCCCCAGAAUUUUCGCAAUCAGCACAAACUGACGACAGUUCUGCUGGGUUUGCUCCUUUGAUAAAACCAUCGAUCCGACUACGUCCUUGCAGUGAAAAAAGCAACCUUGUGGCCGCAUCGGACAUUCAUGCUCUAUUGGACUCAUUCGCUCCGACCAGAACCACUCCGGGAAUCGGUGGUGCGACACAAGUCUAUUCCUCACUUGAGCCACGUGAUGCUAGUCCCGAUCUGGCCAGUACAGCAUCAAUCCGAGAAGAUAAGGCACCUUAUAAGGAGCGCCCGUCAUUUGAAAUUGAUACCGAAGCCGGUGACGAGUAUCACAUGGAUCCGGUAACCAGGCCAGACCACCGCGAUCUCAGUCCGAGUCACGCCGACUCUAAAGAUGACGAUUCAGACGAAAUUAUAUCUACUCAACGAAGAUCUCAAAUCACCGUAGAGAAUAAUGACAGCACUCCGACUUCACCUGGGAUUCACGCCCCUCCCGCUCGGGAAUUCCAGACACGAAUUCCGGGCAAACGUUCCCGUCGCACUCGAUCCACCAGUACAGUUUGGGCGAAGGAUUUGGAGCCGGUGAUACCAGUACUGGGACACCAUUUUGUGCCAUACUCCGUGUGA